AGUGAUCCAACACAGACAGAGACAUGAGCCAGCGCCAGGUUCUUCAGGUUUUUGAGCAGUAUCAGCGGGCCAGGACCCAAUUUGUCCAGACAGUUGCAGAGCUUGCUACAAGGCCUCAGAACAUCGAAACAUUGCAGAAUGCAGGCGUUAUGUCUCUGCUACGGCCCCUUCUCUUGGACGUGGUCCCAACAAUCCAGCAAACCUCUGCUUUGGCUCUCGGGAGACUUGCCAAUUACAACGAUGAUCUGGCAGAAGCCGUUGUUAAAGGAGACAUUCUUCCCCAGCUUGUGUAUUCUCUGGCUGAACAGAACCGCUUUUACAAGAAGGCAGCAGCCUUUGUGCUACGAGCUGUUGCCAAACACUCUCCUCAGUUAGCUCAGUCAAUAGUGGACUGUGGAGCGGUGGAUACGCUGGUGAUUUGCCUGGAGGACUUUGACCCUGGAGUGAAGGAGUCAGCAGCUUGGGCACUGGGCUAUAUUUCAAGACACAAUGCAGAACUGUCACAGGCCGUGGUGGAUGCGGGAGCUGUUCCCUUGCUCGUCCUCUGUAUCCAGGAGCCAGAAAUCGCCCUGAAAAGGAUUGCUGCCUCUGCCUUGAGUGAUCUAUCAAAGCAUUCUCCUGAGCUCGCCCAGACCGUUGUGGAUGCAGGGGCAAUAGCCCACUUAGCUCAGAUGAUUCUCAAUCCAGAUGCUAAACUCAAGCGCCAGGUGCUGUCUGCCCUAAGCCAAAUUGCUAAGCAUUCCGUUGACCUGGCGGAAAUGGUGGUAGAAGCCGAAAUCUUCCCUGUCGUCUUGACGUGUCUGAAGGACCCUGAUGAAUAUGUUAAGAAAAAUUCAUCUACGCUGAUCCGAGAAAUUGCACGGCACACCCCCGAGCUCUCUCAGUUGAUAGUGAAUGCGGGAGGAGUGGCUGCUGUCAUUGAUUGCAUUGGAAAUUGCAGCGGGAAUGUGAGGCUUCCCGGCAUCAUGAUGCUGGGUUAUGUGGCAGCUCAUUCUGAGAACCUGGCAAUGGCCGUCAUUAUCUCAAAGGGGGUACCACAAUUAGCCAUCUGCCUGUCAGAGGAAGCAGAAGAUCACAUAAAGGCAGCUGCUGCCUGGUCGCUGGGCCAGAUUGGAAGACACACUCCAGAGCAUGCACGUGCUGUUGCUGUUGCCAAUGUAUUGCCAAAGCUGCUUUCCCUAUACAUGGACACAGACAGCUCCGAGGACCUCCAAGUGAAGGCAAAGAAGGCCUUAAAGAACAUACUGCAGAAGUGUACCCAUCUGCCAGCGCUGGAGCCCUUGCUGCACGAUGCACCGCCUAAUAUCCUGAAGCAUGUGGUCGGGCAGUUCAGCAAGGUUCUUCCACACGACAGCAAAGCAAGGCGACUAUUUGUCACAAGUGGGGGGCUGAAAAAGAUUCAAGAGAUAGUGGCAGACACGGGCUCACCCCUCCAAGAAUACAUCAACACCAUCAACAACUGUUUUCCUGAAGAGAUUGUCAGAUACUAUUCUCCCGGAUACUCCCAGUCACUUCUAGAAAGGGUGGAUCACUACCAGCCAGUUAUUUAACUCUGUCCCCUAUUUAUAUCAUUGUUAUUAUUGCUCACUUGGUUUGAUAUCAAUAAAGAAAUAUUUGCCAAA